GUCAAAAUGGCGGACGAAUUCAGUGUUUGACAACAACUAAACUCCAAAGAAUCGACUUAAUUUAUACUUUAAAACCACUCAAAAUAAUCGUAGAUUCAACUGAAUUGGUCAAAAUGUUUAUUUAUCUAAGCAAAAAGAUUGCUAUCCCUAAUAAUACGAAGCUGAGAUGUCUAGCUUGGAACAGAGAGCAAGGUUACAUCGCUUGUGGUGGUGAUGAUGGCUUGUUGAAGGUCUUGAAGUUGGAGAUGCAACAAGGCAAAGAUAACAAAGUAAAGGGGCUAGCAGCACCCAGCAAUCUGUCCAUGAACCAGACACUGGAGGGACAUACUGGAUCUGUUCAGGUUGUGACUUGGAAUGAACAGUUUCAAAAGCUAACCACAAGUGAUCAAUAUGGUUUGAUAAUCGUAUGGAUUUUGUACAAAGGCUCAUGGUAUGAAGAAAUGAUCAACAACAGAAACAGAAGUGUAGUUAGUGACAUGAAGUGGAAUGCUGAUGGACAGAAGAUCUGCAUUGUCUAUGAAGAUGGUGCUGUUAUUGUUGGUUCAGUUGAUGGUAACAGGAUAUGGGGUAAAGAACUAAAGGGAGUCCAACUGACAAAUGUUGAGUGGUCUCCUGAUGGCAAGAAUAUCAUCUUUGGUAUGGCAAAUGGAGAGGUGCAAAUAUUUGACAACCAAGGGAACUUCUGUACCAAGAUGACAAUCUUCUGCUUAACCAAUGUCACUGGUGCUGUAAGGAUUACAGGAAUUGAUUGGUACUCUGGUGCAGACAACUUGGUUGAUUCCAAUACCCCCUGUCUGGCCAUAUGUUUUGAUAAUGGAAGGAUGCAGAUCAUGAGGCAUGAGUUAGAUGAAAGUCCUGUGUUGAUUGACACUUCCAUGGCUGUUGCUAAGAUACAGUGGAAUGGUAAUGGUUCAGUACUUGCUGUUGCUGGUUCACAGAGGGCUGUCACGCAGGACAAGGAUGUUAAUGUUGUACAGUUCUACACACCUGAGGGUGAACAUCUACGCACACUAAAAGUACCAGGGAAGCAGAUCACUUCAGCCUGUUGGGAAGGUGGCAGUCUCAGAAUUGCACUGGCAGUAGAUUCCUUUAUUUACUUUGCUAACAUUAGACCCAACUACAAGUGGGGAUUCUUUUCAAACACUGUGGUGUAUGCCUUCAAAAAACCUGAAAGGACUGAACACUGUGUAAUAUUCUGGGACACUAAGAAUGGAGAGAAAUUUGUGAAGUAUGUCCGUAACCUCAUGUCAGUCUCGGCAUUUGGUGAUCAUUGUGUCUUGGCAACCAAGGCAGAUGAUUCGUCUGGCCAGUAUGUUUUGGUUCUUUGUAAUGCUAUUGGCACACCACUGGACUCCAAGUACAUUGAAAUAGAGCCACAGUUCAUUGCCAUGACUCGCAGUUAUGUAGUUGCAUCAUCAAAAGAAGCAUUUUACACCUGGCAGUAUCGCAGUCCAAAGAAACUUACGUCACAUGAAAUUCAGGCAUCAUCACGCAGAAAGGAUGUCAGAGAAAGUGGCGAUUCUGGUGGCCAAUCCUCUGGCUACUCAAACCUGAGGAUGUUUCACAUCGAUGAUGUACCAUCUGGUGCAGGGGAAGGCAUAAAGGACAUCAAAAAGGCUUUAGCUCCAACACGUGAUCCAAUAUGCUGUGUUUGCGCAUCUGAUAAAAUGCUCAUUGUGGGUCGUGAGUCAGGCACCAUUCAUCGUUAUUCUUUACCUAAACUGGCCCUAGAGAUGAAACACGUCUUGAACUGUCGUCCACAUCAUCUGUCACUCAACUGCACGUCAACCCGUGUUGCUAUCAUAGAUAUCUCAGGUGUCUUAACGUUUUUUGACUUGGAAGCCCGACGAAUCGACCCGACAAGAAAUGAGACUGUUGUUGGUGAACACUUGAAGUUUGAACGUAAAGAUGUAUGGGACAUGAAAUGGGCUGAUGAUAACAGUGAGCUGUUUGCUAUGAUGGAAAAGACACGUAUGUACAUAUUCAGGAACCUUGAUCCAGAGGAACCAAUCCUUAGUUCAGGAUAUAUUUGUCAAUUCAACGAUCUUGAAGUCAAGGCUGUACUUCUGGAUGAAGUCAUGAAGGAUCCUGAUCACCCAACCAAGGAAAACAUGAUCGAUUUAGAGGUCAAGUCUCUACGCGAUGCUCGCGAUCUGCUUGAGAAAGUUGGAAUCGCUGAUGCCUAUCAGUUUAUCGAGGACAACCCACAUCCUAGACUAUGGCGUCUCCUAGCUGAGUCAUCACUUGAGAGGCUGGACCUUGAGGUUGCUGAUAAGGCCUUUGUCAGAUGUCAGGAUUACCAAGGCAUACGAUUCGUUAAGAGAUUGGUCAAGCUCGAUGACGAAAGCAAGAAGAAAGCAGAGGUAGCAGCAUAUUUCAAACGAUUUGAAGAAGCUGAACGUCUUUACUUGGAAAUGGACCGAAGGGACCUGGCAGUUGAGUUACGUGUUAAGCUGGGUGACUGGUUUCGUGUGGUUCAACUUCUCAAGACAGGCGGCGGUGGAGGCGAUGAUCAGCUUCUCGAACAAGCAUGGAACGCUAUUGGUGAUUAUUAUGCUGAUCGUCAAAAGUGGCAGAACGCUGUCACGUAUUACGUCCAGGGACGAAACCAAGAGAGACUGGCUGAAUGUUAUUACAUGCUAGAGGACUAUAACGGGCUAGAAUCGAUGGUUAACAGCUUGCCAGAAAACCACAAGCUACUAGCUGAGAUAGCUGCGAUGUUCAGGUCUGUAGGGAUGUGUGAACAAGCUGUAGUUGCAUUCUCAAAGACCAAUAAGAUUAAAGAGGCCAUCGAUUGCUGUGUACAUUUGAACCAAUGGGAUCAGGCGAUACAGUUAGCUAAAGAACACAACGUGAAGGAGAUCGAUACUCUACUGGCCAAAUAUGCUUCACAUCUGCUGGAGAAAAACAAGAUACUAAAUGCUAUUGAACUCUAUCGCAAAGCCAAUCAUUUUAUUGAUGCUGCUAAACUACUCUUCAAGUUGGCACAAGAAACCGCAAAUCCAAGAACUAAUCCAGUUAGAGGAAAGAAACUAUACGUCUUAGCGGCUUUACUUAUUGAAGAGUAUCACGAACAUAUCAAGAUGAGCAGCAGAAAGACAGCAGGAGGAAAAGAAAAACGAAACAAGAGAGAGGCAUCAUCAGCUUUGGAUGGUCUUCUGGAAGAAGACGCCAUUGCCACUGAAGAAAGUAAACUUAUCGAUAAUGCUUGGAGAGGUGCUGAGGCAUAUCACUUCUUUUUGUUAGCACAGCGACAGCUUUAUGAAGGAUACAUCGAAGCUAGCAUGAAAACGGCAAUGCAUUUGCGUGAAUAUGAAGACGUACUGGACGCUUCAGUCAUUUUCUCUCUCUUGGCUCUAGCGAGUUGCGCUAACAGAUCCUUUGGAACUUGUUCUAAGGCAUUCAUCAAGCUGGAGUUAUUGGAUAACAUCACUGAUGAACAACGGAAGGCCUACGAGGAGCUUGCUCUGGAAAUAUUCACGAAACACUCUCCUAAGGACUCUAGAGGCAACAAGGUAGAAUGCACCAACUGUGAAACACUGAUUCCAGAUUGGAGUCAAGUAUGCCCCAACUGUGACACUAAAUUCCCCACRUGUGUGGUGACGGGGCGCCCAUUGAUGGACUAUCAGUUCUGGAUGUGCAGCACGUGUAAGCACCGAGCCUACGAACAGGAAAUCGCUUCUUUAAACUUUUGCCCACUUUGUCAUUCGGCUAUUUAGGCAGUGGUUAUCCAAACAACUGGUCUAUGAGACCGCAUCAGUUUUCGUCUUUUAUCUAUCACGAUAAUUAGAACAGGGUGAAAGAUAGGGAGAUAUAUUAUAGUGUAAGCCUUUUCAGGUUACGGAAGCAAUUCAGCUGUCACACAUUAGAAAGCAGUUAGGCCGACUUCUUUUUAACUUCGAAAAAAUCAUUUAUUGGAGCUGUUGGAAAACAUUGUAAAAAAUUAGAGGCGUUUGAAGCCAUUGGUAGUGUAAGUAGGUCACUUUUCAGUUGAGAAACCAUGUAAAUAGCAAGCAUGCGCUAAAAACAUGAAUGCAGUGUAUGAUAAUAUAUUCUUUUGUAAGCCAUUGCAAUGUAAUGGCUAAGACCUUUACAGAUGGAGAAGAAAAAAAAGCUGAGAAGGCGUGGUAUCAGUAGCUAAGAAAAUAGAUAGUUAUACUAAAUACUUUCUAAUCGUUUAACAAAGAUAAACUGAAGCUUUUUUACUGGAAGAUUCUAACGAAAACUAAUCAAAACCGGCAUUUUCAUUGUAAAAACUUAUUUAUCUGUUGCGGUAUCACACCGUUAGCAGGUUCGCAUCAACGCGCUUCAGCUACAGUAAUUUGAAACUUUUAUUCUACUUGAAGUCAGCAAUUCUGUAAUCAAUUCUUUUUCUAGAGCAUUCCAAAGCCUUUUUAUUGCUAAACCCAUUUGAGUGCUAAAGCCAUUUUGCGGUUGCUAAACUCGAAACUGAAAAUUAGAACUCGAAACCCUUUUCGAUGUUAAAGCCAUUUAAAAGACUUACUGUAAUACCAUUUAAGUGUCUUGUUAACGUCGAAAAAUGUAUGUUGUAGAUAUAAAUGAAUAUAUUUAUAUGAUAUUAUGUUUAUUAUCUGAGAUCGCUGUCAAGUUGUGAGAUGUUAAAAUAUAAUUUAAAAAAUGAAUUAUUUGCACAUGUUUUAAAUCUUCUUUGUUGUCAGCAUCAUUCUAAGGUCAUUUAGCAAAACUUUGUUGUUUUUUGGUAUUAAAUUGAAAUACUUUGGAAAAGCGAUGAGGUUUGAAGUUAAACUAUUUUAGUUCGCGAUAAACCAGGAUGAAAAAGAAUCGAUAGAAAUAAAAACUGAGCCACGAAAAUGUUAAUAAGAAUUUAUGAAAGAAAAGGUAUAAAUGUCAAGACUGAAUUGUGUGGAUUGCAUAAACUAAAAAGUAAAUACAGACAGUGGAAGGAAGGAAGGAAAGAAGGAAGGAAGG